UCGUUAAAGUUGGGAGUGGAAAAUUGUUCUUAAAAACAGGAGAUGAGAGUGAAAAUGAUUUUCAUUUGGAUGACGUUUUCCACUCAAAUCGACAAAGUUUGGGACACUGCUUCCAUGGCUCCUUGUAGUUUGGUGGUCGGCUGGAUACAACUAUAGCUGUGCUGCUUGUCAGCUUUGUCUGGGUCUGGCUGCCGAUGGCAGGUUCGAUGCGAGCGUCCCGAUGCCCCAGUCUCACCAGUCACCACCUGACCUGACUGGGGCCCGCGCCUCUCCACAGGACACAGAUGACGUACCGAUGAUCCUGGUGGGAAACAAGUGCGACUUGGAGGAUGAACGUGUGGUCGGCAAGGACCAGGGCCUCAACCUGGCCCGACAGUUCAACAACUGUGCAUUCCUCGAGUCGUCAGCCAAGUCCAAGAUCAACGUUAAUGAGAUCUUCUACGACCUCGUGCGGCAAAUCAACCGCAAGUCGCCGGAAAAGAAGAAGCCCAAAAGCAAAAAGAGCAAGUGUUGUCUAUUCUAGCGGUGUGCUGACAGCGUACGAGUGAGUUAGAGAGGGAGGGAGCGGCUGUUCGCCAGCUGGGGAUCUCUAUCUCCACACCUCCGUCUCUCUGUCUCUGAACGAACUGUGACCUGGCAGUGGGAGCUGCUGCCACCGACCGGGGGCGAAUCGCCACCAAAGAUGGACGGGCCGGCCCGCGCCGCCGCUGCUGUUGAGCCGCGCUGGAGCGGCGGGGACGCGCUACAAGCGCUGAGCGGCACAAGGGAUCGUCCGGCGCCGGCCGGCGGAUGGAGUACGAGCCCGCGUGCCAGCGGGCGCUCGCCGCCGGCCGCCCGCGGAUCACCUGAUGAGACUCGACGUGCGAUCGUGUGCAUUUGAAGUGCUAGAUGUUGCUACUCUCCGUUGCGCUUGCAGUAUAAUCCCGGUGGGCGCCGCGUUUCCGGGGUCGUCGGAGAGGGGUGCCGCCCCUGCCGACCUGCCGCCGGCCUUCCCGCCUCCGUCAUACAUUACUUCCAUGGAUUCGCGCUGCCGAGCGCGGCCGGUGGUCGACUGUACCCGCCACCGCCGGUGACACCGCGCCGGCGCCUCUCGUCUGCAACUGCCGCGAGGGAGCGUCGAUCGCCUCGUACCGGCACCUGUAUAUCGCCCGUGGAAUAAACAUCAAUUAAUCUCGA